AGGCCGUUUCUGCCGUCGCUUGACUGAGGUUGUCGAGCGAGCGUCUCUAUAUGGGGAAGAGAAGAUGGCUCCUUUCCCUGAGGAGGUGGAUGUUUUCACGGCCCCGCACUGGCGGAUGAAGCAACUCGUUGGGCUCUAUUGCGACAAGCUUUCUAAGACCAACUUCUCCAACAACAAUGAUUUCCGAGCUCUCCUCCAGUCUUUAUAUGCUACUUUCAAGGAAUUCAAAAUGCAUGAGCAGAUUGAAAAUGAGUACAUUAUUGGUUUACUUCAGCAGCGCAGCCGGACUGUGUAUAAUGUACAUUCAGACAACAAGCUGUCAGAGAUGCUUAGCCUUUUUGAAAAAGGGUUGAAGAAUGUGAAGAAUGAAUAUGAACAGCUUAACUAUGCGAAACAGCUAAAGGAGAGGCUGGAAGCUUUCACCAGAGAUUUCCUUCCUCACAUGAAAGAGGAAGAGGAGGUUUUCCAACCAAUGUUGAUGGAAUACUUUACUUAUGAAGAAUUAAAGGAUAUAAAAAAGAAAGUAAUUGCACAGCACUGCUCACAGAAGGAAACUGCAGCAGAAAUACGUAGAGGUAUAAAUCUCUGGAAUCAAGCUGAGGAACUCCAGAAAGCUUUUAAAUAUUCUGUGGAUGAAAAAGUGGAUCAAGAAACUGAAGAAACUGACCAAGGCAGCAAUAUUACUCAUCUUCCUUCUGAGGUGAUGCUGACUAUUUUUAGCUAUCUUAGCCCCCAAGAGUUGUGUCGAUGUAGUCAAGUAAAUACCAAAUGGUCUCAGCUGGCUAAAACUGGAUUUCUUUGGAAACAUCUUUACCCUGUCCAUUGGGCUAGAGGAGAUUGGUCUAAUGGCCCACAAGGUGAUUUUGAUACAGAACCUGACGAAGAAUGGGUGAAAAACAGAAAAGAUGAAGGUCGUGCUUUUCAGGAAUGGGAUGAAGAUGCUGAUAUAGAUGAGUCUGAUGAAAAUGCAGAAGACUCAUUGGCUAUCAGCAUUGUUCAGAAAGAGAAGAACUUACUCCAAGGCUUAAUUCAUAAUGUUCUGCCACGUGUAGGCACUUCAGUGAAAACAAUUGUAUUGGCAUAUAGCUCAGCCAUAUCUAACAAAAUGGUGAGACAGAUCUUAGAACUUUGUCCUAACUUGGAGUAUCUUGAUCUCACUCAAACUGAUAUUUCUGAUUCUGCAUUUGAAAGUUGGUCAUGGGUUGGUUGCUGCAAGAAUCUUCGGCAUCUUGAUCUAUCUGGAUGUGAGAGAAUAACAGAUGGAGCCCUACGAAAGAUUUCCAUAGCCUUAGGAAUUUUGUCAUCCCAUGAAGCAGGUUCUCUGAAAAGCUGUCGAAACAGGAAUGGAAAAAAUGUGUGGAGAAGCAAAGAUGUUUCCUUGCAGGCUCACAAAAAGGACAGUAGCUUGCAUGAUAUUACAAAUGCAAAUGUGACUAAAGCAGAAGGAAAUGAAAGCCAUUGGAGUGUACCUGUCAGAUCACAGAGCUUUAGCUCUUCCUAUAUCUGGAUGUUAGAUGCAGAAGAUCUGGCAGAUAUUGAAGAUGCUGCAGAAUGGAAGCACAGAAAUAUUGAAGGUGUUUCCGUGAUAGAACCGGCAUCCAGCUUCACUUGUUCUGCAACAUGUUGCAGCAAAGACAUUUUUGGAUUAAGGACUAGCAUCUGCUGGCAGCAGCAUUGUGCUUCUGCUGCUUUGACAUAUUGUGGUCACUCUUUCUGUUGUGCUGGGACAGCAUUAAGAACUAUUCAGGCACUCCCAGGUUCCUCUGCACUAUCUAAACAUGCACCAAGGACUAGUAAACAGUCAGAGGGGAAAGACUGGGCAUACUUGAGGAGUUCAAACUCAAAGCAAGAGAUGGGACGAGUUCUUCAGUUCCUCAGUCUGUCAGGAUGUUACCAGAUAACGGACAAUGGUCUCAGGAUGUUGACUCUGGGAGGUGGGCUUCCUCAUCUAGAACACCUCAAUCUCUCCGGUUGCCUUGCUGUAACUGGUUCGGGCCUGCAAGAUUUGGUGUCAGUGUGCCCUUCUCUAAAUCAUGAACAUUUUUACUACUGUGACAAUAUUAACGGUCCUCACGCCGAAACCGCCAGUGGAUGCCAGAACUUGCAGUGUGGUUUCCGAGCCUGCUGCCGCUCUGGUGAAUGAGCUGACUUCUUCCCUUAUCAGUCUACUUCAUUUAGCUCAGCAGGCUUCCUCUCAUGCACUUUACUUACAGUCCGUAUCUUGUGUUAACAGUUCCCUUUUGGAGUGCAAUUUGUAGGUCUUUGCUCCAUUAAUCAGUCUCUUAUAAGAAAACUGGGUAGUGUCAUACCAUUUUCAGUGUUUCACUCUAAUUUGGAAGGUGAAGGGUUUUUUUGUGCUGUGAAAAGCUUAUCAAAUUGUUUUUGACACUUCUUCCCUAAUGUUUGGCACUUGAUUUGAUCUGAUUUUGUUUUGUGCUAAACCCUAAUAUUUCUUUAAGCUCAUGCUUAAAUAUAAACUUUACAGUGAAUGUGAAAUACAGCUGGUUAACAAUAUAUUGUUCAGUAGUGAUUUCUCCCAUAACUUUCUGAUUCCAGAGUUGUCUUAUUACAAAAUUAGGGAGAUACCUUCUGACUUUUAGCACCAAUUUUACAUUUUUAAUUUUGAAGACGAGUAAAUGAAACAUUCCCAUCAGCAUCCAUUUUUUUAGUCUGAUAUGUUAACACAGUAGGCCAAUGACUGUUUGUGUGGCAAAGUAUUUGCUUAACUGUAGUUGCAUAGCAACCACAAUCCCAUGUAUCUUCUAUAGACCCACUAAAGAUGCUGAAUUCUGAAAGGGAUUUUCCAAGAAGUGAUUUCUCUGCCAUAAGAGCAACUGUAAUAAACAAACAAAUAAAUGCAGCUUUAAGGAA